CACUGUCUCCUGACUGGAGUGGCUGCCUCCUGGGCGGCUGUAGUGCAGCCACCCUGAUGGGCUACUCCAAGCUGUUCAGGGUUUGUUUCUCAUGGAGUGCUCCUCCUUACCUUCUGGGGAUACCUUCCAAGACCCCCAGUGACUGCCUGAGACAGUGGUUGAUACUUGGUGUCCCAGGAGGAUUAGUCCCAGAAAUCCUCAUAGCUACCCACGACUGUGAGUGCCCCGGUUUCCUGGAUAAAAUGGCAUAGUGUCCCCACGGGACCCCCACACCCUCCUGCAGACUUGAAACCAUCUCCAGGGAACGUGGGAUACCGAACGUGACCUGCAGGCUGCGUACAUGACUGUUAGAGCUGUUGUCUGUGAGGAACCUGUUGACUGUGAGGAACCUUUAUCCAGCAGAAGCCUCCAGGCCCCCUGCACCGUUUUCCUCGCCCUCUUUCCUCUCCACGUUGCCAUUUGCCUGGGGUCUCCUGGGAGCAGAGCAGGGGCUGGGCCUUCCUCACAGGGGUUUGCAGACAGCAGUAUCAUGGUGGGGGGAUGUAGUCUCUGCGUGCCACUGGGCUGCCCAGCUUAGGCACAGCAGGAUCAUCAUGCAAAUGGAGUGACCACAUCUUUUUUGGUAGGAUUUGAUAUUUUAAACAGAAAUUCAAGUGGCAGUAGGGGUCAAUUGCAGUAAAUUCCUCCUAAUGACACUGUUGGUUGCAUUGUGGCUUGUGAGAAUGUGUCCCUAGAGGGGCUCGCAGGGAGGAGUCUCCCCAUGAGGGAGGAAGGCUCUCGAUCAAGGGCAACAGACUUGAUCUGAAGGGACAGUCCCUGUGGAGAUUUGUCCACUCUAGUCCUGCAAAAGCAGCCACAGGAGUAGUAAGCAAAUACCCAAAAUGGUGACAAUAAAACUUUAUUUAUAAAAACAGGCAGUGGGCAGGUGGGUGGCUUCUGUCCAAGGAAUGAGACUGCUCCUGGGCUCCUGCCUUCUGGAGCCGCAGUUUCUGCCAUGUAACGUCGUUAUUUCAUCCCCACAAACCUGGGGCCAGAUAUGCCUCAAAGACAGCCAUAGAGGGUCCCACAGCAGGGCCCCAAACUGUCCCAAGAUGGGGCCAGGGAUUCCAAAUCAUGAAGCCCCCGGCCCUGGGGUGAUCAGCCCAGAGCAUCUGUUGGGGGAAUUGGAGUGCUGAAGUGUGUCCUUAUGGCGGACAGGGAGGGCGAAGGAGUGACCACCCGGGCAUGGGCCAGCGCCCUGGGGAUGGAGUUUUGUGAGGGCUUAGGGGAUUUAGCUCAGGGCCAGGCUGGUUUCUUUCUGUGUUUCGUCGACAGUCUUGGCUCUGCUGCCUUCCCCUGGGAGUGGCCUGGGCCGUGGAUGGGGCUCAAGUCUGCUGUGGGACCUGCAGCCUGCUGGGUCCCAGAACCAGCAAAGCACUGUGUGUGUUCCCUUCAGUCAUGACAGGAAUGGAACAAAGAACUGGGAGACAUUACAUCCUCCUUUCCAGCAUGUAUUGAGGCCCCCCUGAAAUUUCCAGAACUCUUUGCACAAUUCAAGUCUUUCCUGGGGGUAAAAGAGCUGUCAUUUGCGCCACCCAUGAGCGACCGAUCUGGGGAUGGAAUAAGCCGGGAAAUUGACUAUGCAUCCUGCAAGCGCAUCGGGUCCAGCUACCGGGCUCUCCCCAAAACCUACCAGCAGCCCAAGUGCAGCGGGAGGACAGCCAUCUGCAAGGAGGUGCUGAAUGACACCUGGGUCUCCUUCCCCUCCUGGUCAGAAGACUCCACCUUCGUCAGCUCCAAGAAGACGCCCUACGAGGAGCAGCUGCACCGCUGUGAGGACGAGCGAUUCGAGUUAGAUGUUGUCCUGGAGACCAACCUGGCCACCAUCCGUGUGUUGGAAAGUGUGCAGAAGAAGCUCUCGCGGAUGGCACCGGAAGACCAGGAGAAGUUCCGGCUGGAUGACUCCCUGGGCGGCACGUCAGAGGUGAUCCAGAGGCGCGCCAUUCACCGCAUCUAUGGUGACAAAGCCCCUGAGAUCAUCGAGAGCCUCAAGAAGAACCCCGUCACCGCUGUGCCUGUCGUCCUGAAGAGGCUGAAGGCCAAGGAGGAGGAGUGGCGGGAGGCCCAGCAGGGCUUCAACAAGAUCUGGCGCGAGCAGUAUGAGAAGGCCUACCUCAAGUCCUUGGACCACCAAGCCGUGAACUUCAAGCAGAACGACACCAAGGCCUUGCGCUCCAAGAGUUUGCUCAACGAGAUCGAGAGUGUCUAUGAUGAGCACCAGGAGCAGCAUUCGGAGGGCCGCAGUGCCCCCUCCAGCGAGCCGCACCUCAUCUUCGUCUAUGAGGACAGGCAGAUCUUGGAGGACGCGGCGGCCCUCAUCAGCUACUACGUGAAGCGGCAGCCAGCCAUCCAGAAGGAGGACCAGGGCACCAUCCACCAGCUGCUGCACCACUUCCUGCCCAGCCUCUUCUUCUCCCAGCAGCUGGACCUGGCGGCUUCGGAGGAGUCAGCCGAUGAGGACCGGGACGGCCCCCCGGGCCAGAGCUCAGACCCCAGCGAACGAAAGAAGCCGGCAUCAGGGCCACAGAGCAGCCCCCCAGAGGAGAAGGGGACCUUUGGGGACAUGCCAGCUGCUGAGCAGCCACCUGCACCACCACCCAAGCCCCUGGAUGACGUGUAUAGUCUCUUCUUCGCCAAUAACAACUGGUACUUCUUCCUGCGCCUGCACCAGACCCUGUGCUCCAGGCUCUUGAGGAUCUACCGCCAGGCCCAGAAGCAGCUGCUGGAGCACCGCACCGAGAAGGAGCGGGAGCAGCUGCUGUGCGAGGGCCGCAGGGAGAAGGGCAGCGACCCCGCCAUGGAGCUGCGCCUCAAGCAGCCCAGUGAGGUGGAGCUGGAGGAGUAUUACCCGGCCUUCCUGGACAUGGUGCGGAGCCUGCUGGAGGGGAGCAUCGACCCCACGCAGUACGAGGACACUCUGCGCGAGAUGUUCACCAUCCACGCCUACAUCGGCUUCACCAUGGACAAGCUGGUGCAGAACAUCGCCCGACAGCUGCACCACCUGGUGAGUGACGACGUGUGCCUGAAGGUGGUGGAGCUCUACCUGAAUGAGAAGAAGCGGGGAGCCGCUGGCGGGAACCUGUCUUCCCGCUGUGUCCGAGCUGCCAGGGAAACCAGCUACCAGUGGAGGGCGGAGCGCUGCAUGGCGGACGAGAACUGCUUCAAGGUGAUGUUCCUUCAGCGCAAAGGACAGGUGAUCAUGACCAUCGAGCUACUGGACACUGAAGAGGCCCAGACAGAGGACCCUGUGGAGGUCCAGCACUUGGCCCGCUAUGUGGAGCAGUACGUGGGGACUGAGGGCGCGUCCAGCUCCCCCACCGAGGGCUUCCUGCUGAAACCCGUGUUCCUGCAGAGGAACCUCAAGAAAUUCCGGCGCUGGCAGUGCGAGCAGGUGCGGGCGCUUCGCGGUGAGGCCAAGAGCUCCUGGAAGCGGCUCAUUGGGGUGGAGAGCGCGUGUGAUGUGGACUGCCGCUUCAAGCUCAGCACCCACAAGAUGGUGUUCAUCGUGAACUCCGAGGACUACAUGUACCGCCGCGGGACCCUCUGCCGGGCCAAGCAGGUACAGCCCCUGGUGCUGCUCCGCCACCACCAGCACUUCGAGGAGUGGCACAGCCGCUGGCUAGAGGACAAUGUGACCGUGGAGGCAGCCAGCCUGGUACAGGACUGGCUCAUGGGUGAGGAGGAUGAGGACAUGGUGCCCUGCAAGACGCUCUGUGAGACGGUGCACGUGCACGGCCUGCCCGUCACCCGCUACCGCGUGCAGUACAGCCGCCACCCAGCCUCGCCCUGAGCAGCCCGAGCAGUGACGCGCCCUUGGCCACAGCCUCCAUCCUUGGGAUGUUUUCCUGAACAAGUUGGGGCCUUGUGUCCCCAGCCCCGCUGCUGCGGGACAGCCAGCCCCAGAGCAAGGCCCUGCCUCCCCUGGGCUCCCUGGCUCGUGUGGGCCUGUCCUGUGCCAAACCUGAUCCCUCUGCACUUGGGCCCUGGGCGCAGCCCCGCCCCCCAGGGGUGGGCAGACACCCUGGCCAAGGAGCCCCACUGUGCAUCAGGUGCCAAAUCCCUGCUGGGUGGGCACGUGCCAUCACUGACCCUGAAUUCCCAGGGUCUUGGAAAAGUCACAGGUGACAGAUAUGCAAGGCCUGUGCUUGGGAGGGGCUGAGUGUCCCCAAGACCCUGACACCAAAGUAGCUGGGCCUUGGGUGGACCCGCUUGUAAAGCAGGUCCUUCCGCAGCUCCCCAGAAAUGUUGCCUGAGGGUUGGGUGUCAGUCACGCAGCCAGUGAUGGGCACCCUUGGUCAUUCUGGAGAAGAGCCCCUCCAGCCGAGCUGGGGCUCCCACCGUAACUGUCCAGACCUGGAGCUGGCGUCUGUGCCUAGAAGACCCCUCUCUGGAUUAGAGAUGCCAGACCCCUUGCUGAUCCAGCAGCCACUCCCUGUCCCUGAGGGCAGGUGCCUCUCUAGAGUGGUGGCCCCACCCAGGGAGCCCUGGGGCACCUGGUCCUGCCCUGCAGUGGGGGUCCUGAAAGUACAUGUGUGCGCACGCACGUGCAUCUGUUCCUUUGCGCUCUCCUAGUGGCCCUUACCUCUGCAGCAGCCAAGGCCUGCGGCUUCUUAGGGCUGGGGUUUCUGGACGCUGAGUCCGCCCUAGCUGCCCUGUCCUGCAGCACCACCCCAGCAGCCACGCAGCCCUCUGCCUGUCCCCGGGACAGCCCAGCUGCUCCCGGGGUCAUUUUCUCUCUUUGCAAAGAGCCGAGGUGACCUGUCCCUCACUGGCCCCCAGGCUCUCUCUGCCAGAUCCCAUGGGACGGAUUGGGCCAGCGUCUCGGACCUCUUCCCCCAGCCCCCUGCCCAGUCCCAGCAUCGGAGGGAGCUGGAGCUGGCCCAGAGCAGCCGAGCUCAGCCUCCUGCAGCACGGCUGUGCCAAACUCAAGGAUCCAGGCAGCAAAGACGUGUUUCUAGAAGUUUCCUGUGGGACUGGAGGCUCCCAACACCUGUGACCCCAGGCCUGGGCACUUCUGAGCCCAUGAGCCCACCACAGGGCCCUUGCCUGUCCCCACUGUCUCGCAGGCACUUUGCGCAGCCUGGUCUCCUAGGAGGGGAUCUGAUCUCGGGGACUCCUGAGCCAGUCCCGCAGCUGGGCCCAGCCCGCAGCCCUCCCCGCCCUCCCCUGUGGCCAGGGGGAGAUGGGGCCUGGGUGCUCCCGAGCCCCUCCCCGCUGCGUCCCACCUCCCGCAUGCUUCUGUGGAGCAGCCCUCCGUUUCCGUUUCCGAGGAAUUUCUGUUCUGGGGCUUGUCCUUCCUUCGCAGCUGUUUUGAAUGUAGUUUUCCAUUUCUAUUUAUUUGCACAUUAAGGUUAAAAAUUAAAUAUUGACGUAAAAUCAA